AUGGAUCAGUGUGAGGACAGAGAGGAGGGAGUCCCUCCCUCUAAAACCACUCUGUGUGGGGAACAUGAGAGCCAGACCAAAGCUCAGAGGAACCAACCUGAACCUGGACCUGAACCUGAACCUGAACCCAGCUGUGUGUCCUUAAAGAGCGACGUGUCAAAGGAGACUGUUUAUGACUUUAGAAGAUGUGUUCAUCCUCCUGCAGAGAGAGUGGAUCAGGAGAGUUCAGAGGUUCUCAGUGGUCAGUCUGCCCAGCAGCAUCAAACACAACUGGACUCCAUUUUUAUGCUCCUGGAGGACAAUCUCAUCACCUAUAUGAAAAAUGAGCUGAAGAAAGUCAAGAAGAUUCUGAGUCAAGACCAGGCAGAAUGCUUAGAUAGUUGUAGGGUGGAUGAGGAGGUUUUGGAUAGUGAGGAUGAAGAACAAAGGAGGAGCAGCAGAGAGAAAUUUGUGAAGAUCAUUUUGUACUUCCUGAGGAAAAUGAAGCAAAAUGAGUUGGCUGAGCGUCUGCAAAGCAAAUUACCCAUUAUGUGCCAGCAUAAACUUAAAUCUGCUCUGAAGAAGAAGUUCCAGUGUGUGUUUGAGGGGAUCGCUAAAGCAGGAAACCCAACCCUUCUGAAUCAGAUCUACACAGAGCUCUACAUCACAGAGGGAGGGGCUGCAGAGGUCAAUGAUGAACAUGAGGUCAGACAGAUUGAAACAGCAUCCAGGAAACCAGACAGACCAGAAACAACAAUCAGACAAGAAGACAUCUUUAAAGGCUCACCUGGAAGAGAUGAACCAAUCAGAACAGUGCUGACAAAGGGAGUGGCUGGCAUUGGGAAAACAGUCUUAACACAGAAGUUCACUCUGGACUGGGCUGAAGACAAAGCCAACCAGGACAUCCAGUUCAUGUUUCCAUUCACUUUCAGAGAGCUGAAUGUGCUGAAAGAGAAAAAGUUCAGCUUGGUGGAACUUGUUCAUCACUUCUUUACUGAAACCAAAGAAGCAGGAAUCUGCAGCUUUGAAGACUUCCAGGUUUUGUUCAUCUUUGAUGGUCUGGAUGAGUGUCGACUUCCUCUGGACUUCCACAACACUGAGAUCCUGACUGAUGUUACAGAGUCCACCUCAGUGGAUGUGCUGCUGACAAACCUCAUCAGGGGGAACCUGCUUCCCUCUGCUCGCCUCUGGAUAACCACACGACCUGCAGCAGCCAAUCAGAUCCCUGCUCAAUGUGUUCAGAUGAUGACAGAGGUCAGAGGGUUCACUGAUCGACAGAAGGAGGAGUACUUCUGGAAGAGAUUCAGAGCUGAGGAGCAGGCCAGCAGGAUCAUCUCCCACAUCAAGACAUCACGAAGCCUCCACAUCAUGUGCCACAUCCCAGUCUUCUGCUGGAUCACUGCUACAGUUCUGGAGGAUGUGCUGAAAACCAGAAAGAGAGGAGAGCUGCCCAAGACUCUGACUGAGAUGUACAUCCACUUCCUGGUGGUUCAGACCAAAGUGAAGAAGGUCAAGUAUGAUGAAGAUGCUGAGACAGAUCCACACUGGAGUCCAGAGAGCAGGAAGAUGAUUGAGUCUCUGGGAAAACUGGCUUUUGAUCAGCUGCAGAAAGGAAACCUGAUCUUCUAUGAAUCAGACCUGACAGAGUGUGGCAUCGAUAUCAGAGCAGCCUCAGUGUACUCAGGAGUGUUCACACAGAUCUUUAAAGAGGAGAGAGGGCUGUACCAGGACAAGGUGUUCUGCUUCAUCCAUCUGAGUGUUCAGGAGUUUCUGGCUGCUCUUCAUGUCCAUCUGACCUUCAUCAACUCUGGACUCAAUCUGCUGGAAGAACAACAAACAACCUCCCAGACAGAGAAACACCUCUACCAGAGUGCUGUGAACAAGGCCUUACAGAGUCCAAAUGGACACCUGGACAUGUUCCUUCGCUUCCUCCUGGGUCUUUCACUGCAGACCAAUCAGACUGUCCUACGAGGUCUUCUGACACAGACAGGAAGUAGCUCACAGACCAAUCAGGAAACAGUCCAGUACAUCAAGGAGAAGCUCAGUGAGAAUCUGUCUGCAGAGAAAAGCAUCAACCUGUUCCACUGUCUGAAUGAACUGAAUGAUCGUUCUCUAGUGGAGGAGAUCCAACAGUCCCUGAGAUCAGGAAGUCUCUCCACAGAUAAACUGUCUCCUGCUCAGUGGUCAGCUCUGUUCUUCAUCUUACUGUCAUCAGAAGAAGAUCUGGAUGUGUUUGACCUGAAGAAAUACUCUGCUUCAGAGGAGGCUCUGCUGAGGCUGCUGCCAGUGGUCAAAGCCUCCAACAAAGCUCUACUGACAGGCUGUAACCUCUCAGAGCGAAGCUGUGAGGCUCUGUCUUCACUCUUCAGCUCCCAAUUGUCUUGUCUGAGAGAGCUGGACCUGAGUAACAAUGACCUGAGAGACUCGGGAGUGAAAAAGUUGUUUUCUGGACUGGAAAUUCUACACUCAAAACUGGAAACACUCAGGCUGUCAGGCUGCCUGAUCACAGAAGAAGGUUGUAAGUCUCUGGUCUCAGCUUUGAGCUCCAACCCCUCCCAUCUGAGAGAGCUGGACCUGAGCUACAACCAUCCAGGAAAGGCAGGAGUGAAGCUGCUGGAGCAGCUGAGACUGGAAACUCUCAGAGUGGAGCCUGCUGGAGUCCGAUGGUUGAGUCCAGGUCUGAGGAAGUAUUCCUGUCAACUCACAAUCAACACAAACACAGUGAACACAAAACUACAACUGUCUGACAACAACAGGAAGGUGACAUAUGUCAAGGAGGUUCAGUCAUAUCCUGAUCAUCCAGACAGAUUUGAUGACCAUUGGCCUCAGCUGCUGUGUAGAGAUGGUCUGACUGGUCGCUGUUACUGGGAGGUCGAGUGGAGUGGACUGGUUGAUAUAGCACUGAGUUACAAAAGAAUCAGAAGGAAAGGAGACGGUUAUGACUGUUUGGUUGGAAGGAAUGAGCAGUCCUGGAGUCUGUGGUGCUCUCAUUAUGAUGGUCGUUACUUUUUCUGUCACAAAGACAAAAAAACAUCCAUCUCCUCCUCCUCCUCCUCUGUCUCUCACAGAGUAGCAGUGUAUGUGGACUGUCCUGCUGGCACUCUGUCCUUCUACAGAGUCUCCUCUGACACUCUGAUCCACCUCCACACCAUCAACACCACAUUCACUGAACCUCUUUAUCCUGGGAUUGGGUUCUGGCUUGGUCAGCCUGGUGCCUCAAUGUCUCUGUGCUGAGUUUAGUGUAAAGAGUUUCCUCCUGUCAGAGAAACUCUGACUGUUGAACAGAUAGUUCAGUCUGUACAUGUCUGUC